CGGUCGCGUCCCCUGCCGCCGCCGCCGUCGACACUUCAUCGGAGCCGGCUUGCCCGGCGCCGAGGCGCGGUGACGAACGGCAUCGUCUUGGAGCCGGACGCCGACGUCUUCUUGGGCGCGUUCGUACAGGCUCACGAGCCCGCCAAGGACGCCCUGCUGGGAUGCGGCUCGCCCCUGGCCCAGGGGGUCGAGACCCUCGAGCUCUUCAAGUGGGCCGUCGGCCUCCUCAACAGGGACCAGGGAUUCGUGCCCGGCGUCAAGAUCGGAAUGCGGGUGUUCGACUCCUGCGGCCACAAGGCGAGGGCCUACCUGCAACUGGAUGCGCUCCUGCCCGUUCUACGAGGAAACUCGGAGACUUGCGUCAGUACCGCCAACAGUUCCAGAGUUAUAGGCACUCUGAUGACGAGCACCCUGAGGAACGAAGAGCUCAUCGCUAGCCUCCUGAGGGAGCACGACGUCCCCACCAUCCCUUUGGAGAGCAGCGCCAUAGCGCCGCCCGAGUACCUGGCCAAGCUGCUGCUAGAGGCCGCGUUCGACAUGAAGUGGGAGCACUUCGCCGUGCUCCACUCUCACGACGAGCCCAGCGUGGCCGUGGUGAAGGCGCUCAGCCAGCGCGCCGUGUCGGCCGCCUCGCCCUGCGUCACGCUCAUCGAGGCCUUGCCCAAGAUGUCCGCCCAAGAUGGCGGCGGGGACAGGGCCCGUCUGCGGCUGCGCAACCUGCUCGUCCAGCUGGAGGACGCCACACCCGUGUUCGUGGUAUCCACGUCGGCCGACGUCGCCGAGGCCCUGGCCGAGUUGAUCGCCUCGGACCCGGACACCUUCCUGCGCCACCGGCAGUGGUUCUUCGCCUGGGUGCCCGGAGAGGAGGCCCUGCGCCGGCUGGGCCCGCUGCUCAACCGCGGGGGCUUCUACGCGCUCGCCCCGUACCCGCCCACAGUGGGAUCGUUCGAGGACCACUGGAACAACAUGAGCCUGGCCGCCGACGUCAAGAAGGCCCAGGACCGAUGGUACUUGGAGCUCGUCGCAAAGCAGAAGCGUUGCAGGAUACCGGGUGUCAGGAUUCCUGGCCUGGAGAACGCGGCGCCGUGUCCCGACCUGUCCCUGAGCCACGAGCCCGCGCAAGCCGUAGUGCGAACGUCCCGGGCCCUUCCGGCCGCGCGGGGCGUGUUCACGCUAGCGCAGGCGCUGCGCUCGGCCUGGAAAGCGCUGUGCCGAGGACAACCCGGACUCUGUCCCGAGCUGCGGCGCCUCACGAGGCGUCAGUUCGCCGGCUCCUUCCUCGAGCCCGGUGCUGCGGCCGCCGCCUUGGCUCUGUCUCGGACCGGAGCCGAACAGCUGCCUGCGGCGCCGGGAGCGGCCGCUGCAAGCCGGGAAGCGCGCGCUGCCUCUGACGUCCUGGGAGAACUGGGCGGAAGUCACCUGGCGUUGACCCGGUUCCUCUACGACGCCGUCAAGGGAACAGACUUCAAGCAGCUGAUACUUUACGACUCGGAAGAGGCCAAGCUCUUGCAGAAGGACACUCGGUUUAUGCCGGCACUUUGCUCCUCCGAUACGUGCCAUAACUGCAUCAGGUUCCGCACCACUCGCCUGGAGGAAGCCGAAGCGACCGUGACGUCGGCUUCUUCCCUGCCGGCCAGCGGCGAGGCCGGUAUCUCUGCCUCCGACAUCGUUCUUCCUGUGCUGCUUCCUCUCCACAACGCCGGCCACGGCGCCUUCGGCUGCGGGGCCACGGUCGACCGGCUGGCCGUGCAGGACCUCGAGGCCGCCUCCUGGAUGGUGCGCAAAAUCAACUCCAACGGCGUCCUCCUGCCGGGCCUCAAGCUCGACCUGCGCGUCAUCGACACCUGUUCCUCGGCGUCCGUCCUCGCCCGGGACGCGUCGGCCGUGCUGGAGCACUUCUCGGAACUGGGCGUGCCCACCGUCUUCGUGUCCUCUUCCCUGUCGGCCGAGCACACCAGGGUGGCCGCGUCUCUCCUGUCUCGCGUCAACGUCACCCUAGUGUCCACGACGGAUCUCGCCGCCUCGCACGAUCCCCGCCGCGGUUACCUCUACCAGAUCCCGCUGCCCAUCGAAAAGAUUGCCGAGGCCGCGGUGGCCUACUUGCAGAGCCUGGACUGGAGUUACGUCUCCGUCGUGUCGAGCGAGAGCGAGUCCCGCGCCGUCGACGCCUUCAAGGAGCGUGCCGAGGCCGAGGGCAUCUGUCUCGCCAUCCAGGCGACGCUAAGCGCAGGCCGCCAGCUGGAUCCCAACCUCAUCACGCGGCUCACGACGGCUGCGGCCAACGGUGCCCGCGCUGUCGUCCUCUGGACCGAUUCUGAAGACACCCUGCGUUUCCUGGCGGCGCUGCGAAGGGCCCGCUCCGAGGGACUCCUGGACCACGCCGACUUGGUUCUCAUUCACGGCGGCGGACAGCCCGUCAGUUUCGACGGCCACGAGGAGGACGCUCUCGGCGCCGUCCUAUUGCGGCCCCAGUACGGACAGGUUCUGGACUUCGAGUCGUACUACGAGCGCCUGCGUCCCGACCAGGACCGCUUCUUCGGAGAUCUGUGGUCUCAGACGAGGACGUGCCACCAGACUCAAAGCGGCCAGGAGUGCUCGGUGCCGUUGCUGCCCAGCCGCUCGGUGGUGGACGUCAUGCAGGCCGUGCUCGUUGCUGCCACAGCACUUAGGGACCUGCGCGACCAGGUGUGCGGAGGAUCGCGGGAGGCAACGGAUGCCUCCUACUGCGCUCGGCUCCUGUCCAACGCCAUGGGUGUGGGAGAGGCGCUGGACGAGCAAGUUCGCCGGGCGACCACCAUGCGCGUGGGCGAAAAGGACCAGAUGUUCGUCUUCACCGAACAAGGCCACGGAGACAUCGCCGUCGACCUCUGGAAUGUCCGCAAGUCGGCCGCCGGCAUCGCGCCGCAGAGGGCGGGCCAGCUGGCCGAGGACCGGUUCACCGAGCUCAUGCCCGUGGUCACCUACGGCGGCGGCAGCGACGGCAAGGAAGUGCCGCUGUCCGAGCUCCGGUCCGCGUGCCAGGCCUCCUCGUGCCGGGCGCACUGCGCGCGCAAGGCCGUCGACUUCCUGGUGGUGCCGUCGCCCGACCACGUCUACCUGGCCGCCGCCUUCUCGGUGCACGAGCGCGGAGACGCCCCGUUCCGGUGCUCGCACCGAGUCACCGAGUCCGGCGUGCGCCGCGUCGAAGCCUUCCUGUGGGCGCUGGAUCAGAUCAACGCCAGCCCCUCGGUGCUGCCGGGAGUCAAGGUCGGGGCGGUGGUCUUCGACGUGUGCGGCAGCCGCGAGAAGACCUACCGGGACCUGUCCAACUUCGCCAGCGACUCGCUCGCCUCCGUCGCCACGGACGUCCGGCUGCCCACUCUGCGACACGUGUUCGGCUUUGUCGCCUCCGGCAGGAACAACGCCGGGCAGUGCACGGUGAAGCCCGCGGCCGAUGUUCUCGCCGCGGCGGCCAGCGUUCCCACGGUCGCCUCGGACUCGUCGCUGUCGCAGCUGAGCGGCCGCCGCUACCCGAGUCUCCUGCGAGUGCUCCCGUCCAACGCGGAGGUGGCCCAGGCCGUCCUGCGUGUCCUCAGGCAUUUCAAGUGGACGUACGUGUCGGCGGUGUACGACGACCGGGACGACGAGCUGCAGGACGUGUGGGAGCAGUUCGAACGAGCCCUUGAAGGUGGACCCUUGCGCCUGGCCACCGCGCUUCGCCUCAAGGAAGGCACGUCGGACGACGAUGUGCGGGCCGCCGCCACACAACUGCUCAGGAGGCGCAGGGAGGGCGCCCGGGUCGUGGUGCUCUUCCUCAAGGACAAGGCUGCCGACGCGCUACUGACCGCGUUGCACGAGGCAUCGACCUCGGCGGCGUCUCCCCAGCCCGCGGACCUAACCUUCGUCGCGCUGGGCCUCCGUGACAUCCUUUCGCGGCACCCGGACGUCACGCUGGGCUCGCUGUCACUCCGGCUGGCGUCGGUGGACGUGCCGGGAUUCCGCGACCACCUGCAGCACCUGAGCUACACGGGCAACGGCCGGGACCCCUGGUACCGCGCCUACGUCGAGCAGAAGACCGACUGCCGCGGUCCUGCCGCCUGCGCCAAUGCGCUGGCACCGCCGCUGGUCGGCGGGCCUGCCGGCAGCGGGGGUGCGUCUUCGCUCGACGAAGACUACGCCAGCGCCGCCGAGUCGACGGUCACCGCGGUGUUCGCCCUGGCGAGCGGCCUCGACCAGGCGCGCAAGACGAGGUGUGCCGGCGAGGAGAACAAGCCCUGCGAGCUGGUCAUGGACGACGCGUACCGUAGCCUGGUGUUGAACUUCACGCGAAACGUGCGCAUCACUCGGCACGACGGCUCGGUGUUCAAGUUCGCCGACGGCAACAGCGGGAACGGCCGCGUCCAGGUCACCUACUACCGAAGUCCGGGAGCGGGUGGCAUGUCGGGAGAGUUCUCACAGAUCGGCACCUACAACCGGGACGAAGGCCUGCAGAUGAACGCCAGCCUGCCCGAGGUGUCUCCGGGCCGUUCUCCGUACACCGUCAACUCGACGUGCGAAGCGGACAGCGACUGCAGCCGGCGCUCCCUAAGCCACAGCGACGCCCUGUUCCGGGACCCCGCCGUGCAGCCCAUGCUGUCGGGCGAGGACGGGCCGAGCCUCGCCAUCGGCGCCGUGCUGCCCGUGCAUCGCAGGGGCGCCGACAUGUUCUCCUGCGGCAGCCUGCACGAAGGAGGCACCUUCCAGAGCAUGCUCGCCGUCGCGUACGCCCUGGACCGCGCCAACCGGAACCGCACCGACGACCUCCGGCUGGACGCCGUGGUCUUCGACUCGUGCGGCACUCCGCAGCGCGCCGAGUCCCUCGUGUACGGCUACAUGACGUCUUCGCUGCGGGAGGCCAAGGCUAAGCCGCUGGUGUCCAUGCUCACGUUUGAAAACAAGGUUGCCGAGGAAGUGGCGCCCGUGCUGAAGGACGCCGGAGUCCCGCUGGUCCUGACCAGCAGGACAUCGCGAUUCACCCAGGAAAGCCGCCUCGCAGGCAUCCAGACUCUCCCGCCCAUCGUUUGGCAAGUGGAGGCUGCUUUGGGCCUGCUGCGUCACUACGACUGGAGCUACGCGUACUUCCUGUACGCCGGCGACGAGUUCGGCCAGGACGCCUACUACCACGUGACCAAGUCUCUCGCCAGGCUGGGUCUGUGCGUCGCCGACUCGCAGCGGGUCGACCCCGACGCCACCGAAGAGGACGUCCUCGCCACCGUGCUGAAGCUCACGGACUCGGACGUCCGAGUCGUCGUCGUGCUCGCCGAUGACAAGCUGGUCAGCAACCGGAUAGUGUCCGCCGCGCGGAGGGCUUCGCUGCUCGAGCGCUUCGUCUGGGUCGGCACCGAGGGUUUCAGCGACAACGAGCAGCUGCUCGAGACGCUCCACGGCGCCGACGUGGACGUCUUCUCUCUCAAACUGGACAACGAGCCGCUUCCGGACUACACCCGCUUCGUGUCCUCGCUCACGCUGGGCAGGCACGAGCCCAUACCGGACGCCUGGUUCGAGGAGUUCUGGCAGCUCGAGUUCGGCUGUCGCCUGCCCAACGCGCGCCGGGUCCACGAGCAGUUCGGGCGCAUCUGCACGGGCCGAGAGAAGCUGGAGGUGCGCCAGGACCGCUACGUGUUCCACACGGUCGACACCGUGAUGCGCAUCGCGGCGGCGCUGCGAAACCACGUGGCCAAGAACUGCCCGUCGGCGCUGGCCGGCGGACUCGACAGCCUCGAAGGGUGCAAGAAGAGCGCGCUGCGGCGCGAGGUCAGCGUGAUGCUGCUCGGCACGGACCUCGAGAGCUGCUCCGAGUGCCAGCCGUCCACGAUCACCACGUUCGGCUACCGAGUUCUCAAGAUGAACGGCAGCAGCGUCCGCAACUACACCUACCAAAACGUGGGCUCUUUCUUCAAGAACGUGCUUUUCGUGGACGACGGCCAGGUGGACUUCUUCAGCGGCGUGGCUCCCAUGUCGACUUGCGUGCGCGACUGUGACGAGCGCUGCCCGGCGUCCAGCGCGGCGGGGGCAGCGGGGGCUGCGGACAACGAGUACCUGCGCCAGCACCGCGAGUCCCUGGCGGCCAACUUCCGCACCGUGUGGGGCAUCGUGGUCACGGCCCUGUCUCUACUCGGCAUGGUGCUGGUCAUCAUCUGCGCCCUCUACUUCCUCAUGGCGUUCCCCGUCACCGUGGGCACCACCGUCCUCGGCUAUAUGAUCUUGGUCGGCCUGCUGGCCCUGUACGCGGUGAACUUCGCCUUCGUGGUGGGCGCCACUGAGGCCAGCUGCGGCGUGCGCCGCUUCCUGAUGGGACUCGCCUACUCCAUCAUCUUCUCGGGCAUGCUCGUCAAGGUGCUCAACACGUGGCGCCUCAUGGGCUACCACCAGCGCAUGCACCACGACACCACGCAGCUCAGCAGCCCCGCCGGGCUCCUCGUCAUCGCCUGCGGACUAGUCGUCAUACAGGUCGUGCUCACGGCGGCGUGGCUGGUGCUGAUGCCCCCGCGCAUCGGCCUGUACGAGCGCGUGUGGCGCUGCGCGCCGCCGGCCUCGUUCGAGGACGAGCUGGUCGUCUCCAUGGUCUACGUCAUGCUCCUGCUCGCGGUCACCAUCCUCUUCUCCGUGCUCACGUGGCCCUGCCGAGAGAACAACGGCGAGUCCCGCUGGAUACUCGCCUGCUGCGUCUCUGUGGCGCUCGCCUGGCUCGCCUGGACGGUGCUGGGCACGCAGCUGCCCACACGCUACCGGGACGCGACCAUCGCCGUGGCGAACCUGGUGUGCGCCACGCUGGUGAUGCUGUGCCUGUACCUGCGCAAGGUCUACCUGUACAACAAGCUGGCACGCCAGGCCCGCGACCAGGAGAUCAAGGCGCGCCUGCAGCCCAGGGGCCCGCCCUACACGCCCUCCGUCUAUGGCACGCUCCACAAGGCUGCGCCCACGGUGGCACCGGUCUUCUACGGUUCUCAAGGCACGCUGACGACGAGCAAGAAGCUGAACGGCCAGUUCUCUCGCCUGUCGACGGACGACCUCGCCUCGGACGGAUCCGGCUCGGUGCAAGUGCAGGGUGCCGACCUGUACCCUCUGGAGAUGUACGACGGAGGCAGCCAGUUCCAGCCGCCCAGCUCACUCUACGGGAGCAUGAUGAUGCUCGACGACAACGUCGCGUACGCAAGGUGAGGUCGCCCAGGCUGACCUACUAGUUCCUCAGGACCUCCUACAAGACCUCCUACUUCCUCCACAAUCCGGUCACAAGUUGUGUGCCAGAGGGCGCUCCCUGCGCCUGGUUCACGAACGAGCAUCGAGCUAGCGGGCGGGCUUCCGCUUUCCGCCAGUGCCGUCGUCGCCACCUAGCGGGCGCCCGCCCAACUGCCGCGCUGCUGUACGACUUCGAGUGUUUCGGUGCGAUCUUCCUUUUGAUCGCUGUUGCCUGUUACUUAACAUUUCUGCUAGCAGUGGGCGCAGUGCAGAAAGAAAGGACUUACGUUUGCACUACUUACUUUUUUUUUUUUGCGUCUUGCCCGAAAGCUGCUAGCCUACGUCACAAUGCGCGCGCGUGCUCAAGAAAGCCGAGUGUUGCUAACCUGUCCUGUUUACGGUGGUUGAGAGAGAAGCGAAAACUACGUUGCUUGAAGGAAAUGGCGUGUUAUCACCUGUACAGUGCUCGUUAAUUGUUUGUGUGCAUGUCCCGUAGCAUAUAUUCGUGCGUCCCCUUGUGUUUUGAUGUCUAACCUGCAAUGUUAACUAAUGCCAGAUGCCUUGAGUGCCGUGCUGGAUAGUUUGUUUGUGCAGCUUUUUUUUUUCACGACUGAAAAUGGCACGCUAUUAUGAUUAUUCUUUGACGUACUCAGUGCUAUGUUUGUUCCGUUACGAUCGGUGCUUUCUCGCUGAGAAUUGCUGUCUUUCACAGAUCACAUAUGCGUUCUAGACGGAGCAGUUUGAGCCAGAGUUUCAUCCCCUUAUAACCCACGACGUCAUAAAAGACUGCAGCAGUAACUAUAGAAACGAACAUCACGGUAUGAAAGUUUCAUAAUGAUCAUUCUACAACGAAGCAAGCAAGAAACCUGUUCUUGACCGCGUCAAAAACGCAACUGACUUUCUCUGAAGUGUUCAUUGUCAGUUAAGGCACUAGCUUUUUUUUCUUUUUUUUUUACCCGACGUGCGCUCUCGUGGGACGAUCUUAAUACUUGAUGAUGCUGCAUGUGUGCCCGGGUCCUAAUCCGAGAAAUUCGCGGCGCACUUCGUCUACGCAGUGAUGCAUUAGCAUUGGUUAUUGUGUAGCACACGGCACGUAAUCUCAUCUGAUCGAUACAUCCCCGUCGUGACACGCGAGGUCUAGACCUUGAAUUUUGCGUUGUUACGUAUCAAGAACGUUUAACACACACAAACACAAAAAGUGACAAGGACAAGACGACGCGAAACGUACGCGACAGUGCUCAUCGACGCGCCACGCUCGGCAAGCGCUCUACAGAACGGACAGGCUGGUGUUACAAAGCCAAAGGACCUGAAGACGGCGUUUCGUCUACCGCACUUACGAAAUUUCACCGACCAGUGUCUGCAGAAGCAGCAGCCUCGGACUCGUGACUAUUAAACGACAUUUUUGUCCAGCGAGAUACCCAUCGUUUACCAGUAAGCACUUCCUGCUCGAAAUGUACACAGUCACAGCCGCUUCUAACGACCUUGAGAUACAGAGACCUCCAGACAGAACACGACUCGGUCUUAUUCGUGGCGAGAAGACGUCUAACGCUUUUCUGGAUCCGUUAAUCACUGACAGCAACUGACGCAAACAGAACCUGCGUUAAGACGGCACACUAUAGAUUCUACUACUACUACUGCCUGCAACGACUCCCAUAGCCGGUACGCCGGAGUUUUCAGCGUGCUGAAGUGCAGAAUCUGUAGGAUAUAUGGGACAGUAUACAACCCGGGGUUCAAUCUGCCACGACGUCUGCCACAAUAUAACGGGCUAGCGCUAGCGACGUUAAGCGCGCGACGAGCGCGCAGUCAAAUCAUCGCCUCCGCGCAUGCGCAGCGUUCCGAGGUUUAGGAGAAGAAACGAAAGUGAAACUCGCGUGCUCGGUGACGUCAUUCGCUCUCGCUCCUCUCGUGGCUGGUCCAAGAGGCGGCGAAGUGUAGACGCGAGCUCUAACAUUCCAUUUAUAACCGCGUUUAUAUAUACAUAUAUACAUACAUUAUACAUACUACCAUGUUCUUCCCUUCUCUGUGCGACUUUGUUUCGGAACUAUGCACGACAGUGUAUGUCUAGUAUAUGCGUAUAGUAUAUACACAUUAUGGACACGGAACCUCUAACCAGCGACAACCAUUCAGCGUUUUCACGAAAGAGAGGGAGAGAAAAAGAAAAGCAUACGGCCUGCAUGCGCCUUUCCGAAAGCGUCAAAUGAGCUGUCGUUCUUUCCUCCCACGCAUACUCGGAGGAGGCCGGACAGAUAUGUUUGCGUGCAUGGUCGUGCCCAUCGGAUUUUUUUUUUUUCACUCUUUCCGGUUGUGCUUGUAUCUGUCUAUCUCCCCCCAGAAGAGUGCCUUUCAUCCAAUGUUACCGGCUGUGUUAGAGUUGAAAUGCCUCAUAUCUCGACGGUCUUGUCGUUCUUUCCACUGUCGCCUUGAAUGGAAAUAAAACCACUUUUUUUCCCCA